ACAUUGCAUUAGCAAUAGCAACCAAGAGAGUGCCAUUUGGGGUGUAUUUACACUCCUCUUCCCUUGUCAAAGUAAUCAUUGAAGCUCCUUUCGCCAGUGACACCCAUAAUUGCAAUUUAUUAAGCCCCACCCUACCUAUCUCAUCAUUAUCAUUCAUCAUCCUCCGAGAUAAUUAUAACAUGGCAAUUGAGCUACACACUGGGGACACAUUGUUUCCUCAUGAUCAGUUCCUCCAUGACAAGAAUAUUCUCCCACAACCACGCCACCUCAAUUACUUCAACAUCAACCCACAGAUGCAGGGGAAACUCUCAGGCAAUGGUUCUAAUAACUUGGAAUCGCCAUGGGACUCGCCUAAUAGCCACGACUCCUGUUGGGACAGCACCUACGACGUCGGGGGGAUGUUAGAGAAGAUGAAGCUUAACGAAAGAGAAAGUUUCAAACACCGUUCUGGCUAUGUGAUUCAGAACUUGGAGACCUCAAAAGAUGUUGGAGUUUGCUCUUACCAAUCUCUCCUUCAAGAACAAAUUCGAGAGAUUCAAUUGUCUCAGCUCAGGCAAGAGCAGAUUCUGUCUAUGAAGGAAAAACUGAGUGCAUAUACGGAAAAUCAUGUGCAGAUAUCGAAGCAAUUUCAGAACAAAGGUAGAGGGGUUGGUGUUGGGUGCGAUCACAAACGAACGACUCCACCGUGGCACACUCGUUCACACCAGCAACCCGGUUCGGAGAUGCCAGCCAUUUUCCUGGGUUCAUCCGGUUCAAGAGGCACAUAUUGUGGAACCGGUGUUUUCUUGCCACGUGGCAGAAAAAACGUUCCAUCCGAGUCACGGAAGAGACCAGGUAAAGGUUGCUCUACAGUUCUUAUACCCGCCAGAGUAGUAUAGGCUUUGCAACUCCACUAUGACCAAAUGUCCGGACCCAAAGCUGGUGCUUUCCCUCCCUUACAUGAUGUUUUAGUUAGUAACAGGGAUGGCAUGUAUUCGCUACAAAAGCGCCAAUCACGGAAAAAACCAGCACCUGCUCAGAAUGAGAUGGUUCUGCCUCAAGAGUGGACCUAUUGAAGCAGUAG